AAGUUGCUUACAAUAUUGUACAAUUCAUAUAAUCAUCACGAGUUGUAUACUGUAUACAGAAGAGAGAAGAGAAAGAUUGUUUGCCGUUUAUUUUAAUAGCACCAGUAAAGCUGUCAAGAUAUUCAUAGCAUGGUGUUUUGAUAACUGAUAAAUGAUAAUUAUUAUUUGUCAUAUCUACAAUUCAAGUCAUUCGUGACAUACAUAUUUUUUCGACACGAGGCACUAUAGUGUAUAUUAUCUUUAUAUAUAUUUAUUUAUUUUUUUAUUAAUUAAAUUUUCGAGUUAAUGAAAAAUGAAUAAAUCUAAUGCAUGUACUAACUGAAAAUUUUAUAUCUGCAUAAAAAAUAUUAAAUAUACCACAAGUAUUAUUUUAUUUUGAUAAUUAAGUUGAUAAAUUAAUGAAAUAUUAAAAUAUUUGACCAAGACUAUUCAUUGAAAAUCAACAAAAAAUAUGGAUAAACGAAAAAUGAGUAAAAUUAUCUUUGUCAUAAUUUUUGUAAUAUCAUCAUGUAAAAUAACAUUUGGAUUUAAAACUGGUGCACCAUCAGGAUCAUGUGAUAAUUUAACGCCACAUCAUGAAGGCACAACAGCUGAAUUGUCAGCUUCACCAUAUCAAAUACUUUUAUCACCUGGACAAACUAGAAUUAUUGUGUUGCUUGGUAGUCGUCAGGGUUUUGCUUACAAAGGCUUUAUUAUGAAUGCCAGAGAUAUUGCAACUGGUCAACUUGUUGGUGAAUUUACAGUUGUACCAAAACUUGCUAAAUCAAUUGAGUGUAUAACAGAUAUCAAGAAUGGUGUCACUCACACUGAUACAACAGAUAAACGUAAUCUUGAAUUUGAAUGGGUACCACCAGUUAAUUUUGAAGGAACAAUUGUAUUCAAUGCAACAUUUGUACAAGAUUGGUCAACAUAUUGGGUUGGUGUUGAAUCAGAUCGUGUAGAUAUUUCACGUAAUAACAUUGUCAUAAUGUCAACUUUAUCACCACCAUUACCACCACCAUCACCAAAAACAACAACAACAAUUCCAUAUUAUGAUUUAGCCAUGAGAAAAAAGGAUAUUGAAAAACCAAAACGAGCUGGUAUAUAUGAAGGUUGUGGUAAAUUAAAAAAUUGUUUUGGAACACCAGAUGGAUGUAUUGAUACAGCUGAUUGCAAAGCAAUUGUUGCAAUUGAUGUUAAAGGAGAAAAAUAUACAUUUGAAUUAUUGGGAGAGGGAGGCAAGUAUGUUGCACUUGGAAUAUCAAACGAUGAAAAAAUGGGAGAUGAUAGUGUUGUCGAGUGUGUUGAUGAAGCAGAUGCUAUUAAAAUUUACAUGUCUUGGAAUGAUGGAAAAAAAAAUAACAGAAUAACAAAUACUGGAGGAAUGGUAAAAUUACAAAAAAGUUUUAUCGAAGAUGGCCAUAUUUAUUGUCAAUUUACAAGAGAUACAAAAACAAUUGUUAAUAAUCGUGAAUUUAAUAUGGAAAAUAAUGCAUAUUAUCUACUUUUAGCAAUUGGAAAUAAAGUUACAAAAAAUGGAAUUGGAUAUCAUGAUAUUUUGAGAGAAGCAUCAAGUCAACCAAAAAAAUUAUCAGACAUUGGAGAAUUUACAGCAGCAAGUGAUGUACUUAUUCGUCUUCAUGGUGCUCUUAUGAUUGCUUCAUGGAUUGGUACAGCUUCAAUUGGCAUAUUAAUGGCAAGAUAUUAUAAACAAACAUGGCUUAGAUCAAAAAUUUGUGGAAAUGACCAGUGGUUUGUUUGGCAUAGAUUUUUUAUGAUUCUUACUUGGGCCAUGACAAUUGCUGCAAGUGUAUUGAUAUUUGUUGAAAUUGGUGAAUGGAGCUCAGCAACAAUACACGCAUCAUUUGGUGCUGCAACAACAAUAUUAACAUUUAUACAACCUUUUAUGGCUGCAUUAAGACCACAUCCUGGUACACCAAGACGAUCAUUAUUCAAUUGGACACAUUGGCUUGUUGGAAAUGCAGCACAUAUAUUUGCCAUUAUUGCUUUGUUCUUUGCUGUUGGACUGAGCAAGGCUAAAUUACCAGAUUGGAUGGAAUGGAUUCUUGUUGCUUACGUUAUUUUCCACGUCAUCACACACAUAAUUUUAUCGUUUGCUGGUUGUGCAUCAGAUAAACGAAAUAGCCAAAGAGUUAAUGCAUUUCCAAUGAAAGAUAUACAUGGAAGAGGAUCAAUGGCUCAUCAAGAUGUUAAACGUGAUGCUCCAUUGGCAAGCAUGAGGAAAUUUAUAUUUGGUAUUUACAUUUUGGUUAUUCUUGCUUUUACAAUGAUAUUCAUUAUUCUCACGGUAUUUGCACCAUUUGAAGAAAGUUGGAAUACUCUGACAAAUAAAAUGACCAGUUACUAGUAUACAUAUAUUUACAAUGUACAUUUUUUUUUUAUUUUUAAGCAAGAAUUUAAAUUUUUAUUAUUAUUAUUAUUAUUAUAUAAAAAGUUUUGAUAAAACAACAACAACCACCUAGAUGCUAUUGAAAUUAUCCUUCUAGUCGUUUGACUAUAUACACUAGUACAAUCCACCAUCGAAAAAAUUAUUAUUUCAUCUCAUUUGAAUUUUGAAUUUUGAAUUUUGAAUUUUGAUCAAGUAAUAAUAAAUUUAUCCUUAAAAUUAAAUAACAAUAAUUUAAAAUCAUUGGUCAGAAUGUUUAUAUGUUUCAUUAUAAUUAUUUUAUUGCCAUAAUAUAUUUUCUAUGGCAUCAAGUGUACUUGCGUUGUCGUAUGUUAUACUUGUUGCAUAUAUAUAAUAUACAAAUAAUAAAAAUAAAUAUAUAAUUAUAAAUCAACUAAAUAAAAAUGUGGAAUAUUGUAUGCUGCUGUCUCUGCAAAUGUAUAGUAUAAUAUUAAUGGUGGAUAUAUAUAAUAUAAUAAAUUAAAUAAUAAUUGUUAUUUUUUUAAAAUAAAUAAAUAAAUAAAUAAUAUUUAUAAUUUUA